GUCGCGAGCGGCGCAUCACAAGAGCCAUGACCUGCUGCUCCGGCUAAGCUAGGGAUCAUCGUGAGCAGAUGUUCCGUUCAAAAUACGGGGAAUACGGAUGUUUUCAGAAAUGUUCCGUGUUGACGGACGGUGACACGCAGGAAAGGAGAACUACCCACUGUGGCAGCUGCGCUUUAAAUGAGCUGCUGUCACUCGUGUUUGUGUUUUAAGUUCACAGCAGCUAGCUGGCUAACUCCGCUCAGUAAAAGUGAAACAAGAACUGGAGCUUCAUGAUUUUGAGGGUUUGGAGUUUAUCUCCAGUUGAACAAAAACAAGGUGUCUCUACAUUCACUAAGCAGCACCAUGGUUUCUUCCUGAGAUCCUGAACCCCCUGCCAUGGACUCCUAAAACUCCGGGUCUGCCUGCCCCCCGAGCAGAUGGGGAACUGUUGUUGUUUUGGACCUGAACUUCCCUGCGGCAGCAUGGAGGAACGAAGCGGUUUGCUGAAAGACGACUCAAAGACCUCAGGUGCUGGUGCUUGUGGUCCAGAAAACGACGAAGACACAAGUGUUGAGGAAACUAAGGAGGAUCCACCGAACUGCCAGAACAGUCACAGAGAAUCCGGCGCCACUCAGGGAAAUGGACAUUUACAAAAUAAAAACCUUCAGGAGGCAAACACUUCGCCAAGCAAAGACAGUACUGCCGGUGCGCAAUGUGAGGAACAGAAAGAUUCCGCUGCAGAUCAACGCACUUUAAAUCAGACGCAGAAAAACAUCUCUGCACCUGACGCCCAGGAAGUUUUGGCUGCCGCCAAAGAGCCGAAAACAGAAAAACAAAGUCUAACCGCAGGGCAGGAGAACGUCUCGGAUCUUGUCUCACCAAAACCCGAAUCUGCCCUUCCAGAAAACCUCUCCCCUCCUGAGACAAACACGCCAACAGAGGACAAUACGGCGAGCGGUUCUCACGCUGGUUCCGGAGGAGAUGCUGCCAUCCGUGCCGAGGCCAAACCGUCAGAGGACUUCACACAAAAUAAUGAGGCGUUGUCAGGGCCAAGCGCUCAGGAGGUGUCCAUCUCUGCGGUCAGCCAGGAGACAAACACGGACGCCCCCAGGUGUUCUGUGGAGUGCAACGUCGAUUCUGUGGACCCAAAAAGCCAUGUUAUCCCUCAGCCUCCUGCGUCUGGAUCGGAGCCCACAGGAGUCGGCCCAACUCAGGAGAAUCUGGACUCUGUCGGCUCAAACACGACGCCAGAGGCCGCAUCUGCAGCAGAGGCCAAGGACAGCUUAAAGUCAAAUCAGGAAGAAAACAGAGACCCUGAGGGUUUGAGACCUGCAGAGGAAAAGGAGGAGAAAACUGGAGAAAAUGUUCCUGAAGAGGAGAAGAAGGAUGAAGAAAAGAAACAGGACAAGGUGGAGGAUGGUUUAACCCAGACGGAGGAUCCUCAGGUUGAGAAACAGCCUGCUAUCCAGGAGCAGCUUGGAACCUCAGAUGUACAGGCCGACGUUGAGCCCAAUGCAGAAGAGGAAGAUGGUCUGGAUGACAGCGAGGAAGACUUGUACCGCGGAGAAGAGGAACUGUCUGCAAUGAGUCACAAACCACGGCAAACAUCUGACUCAGAAAGUUUAAAGGUUCAGGACAGUUGCAGUUUGUCUCCGGCUGUGGAUAUACUGUCUUACAGCGAGAGGGAAUGGAAAGGAAACACUGCCAAAAGCGCUCUCAUCAGAAAAGGGUACAAAGAGAUGUCUGCCAAGUUCAGCCACCUGAGGAGAGUCAGAGGGGACAACUACUGCGCCCUGAGAGCCACCUUGUUCCAGGUGCUGUCUCAGAGCGUCCAGGUACCUCAGUGGCUGCAAGACGACACAGUUCUAAUGCUGCCAAAACAACUCAAGGCGCAGGAAGGGCUGAUCAGUCAGUGGCGAUUUCCUGGCCAGCAUGCACCGGGAGACGGCGCUGGAGAUCCCACUGAGCGGCUGAAGGGCUACAUGGAGCUGCUCCGGAAAACGUGGCAGGCGGCUGCUGAGCGCCCCGGCUCUGCGGAGCGGCAGCAGCUCUGCGAGCGGCUGUUCCAGGGCGAGGAGGAGGAGCUGGGGAUGCUGGAGGCGCUGAAGCUGCUGAUGCUGGGCAGAGCGGCGGAGCUGCACGGCCGCAUGCAGGCCGGUCAAGACGUCCCUCUCUUCUGCUGGCUGCUGUUCGCGCGGGACUCGUCCGACUGCCCGCGCUCCUUCCUCUCCAACCACCUCAGGCAUGUGGGCCUCAGCGCCGGGCUGGAGCAGGUGGAGAUGUUCCUGCUCGGCUACGCCCUGCAGCACACCAUUCAGGUUUACAGACUGUACAAGGCCAACACGGAGGAGUUCGUCACCUUCUACCCGGACGACCACCUGGACGACUGGCCGUCCGUGUGCCUCGUCACGGAGGACGACCGCCAUUACAACGUGCCGGUCGCUGAAGCUGCUGAGCCCGGCGAGGAGCUGACCGCCAGCUGAUUGACGCUGCAGGAAGCCCACCUGCAAACGCCCCUCAGGUCUAUGAGAGUGGCACGUUUAUGCCAACUCCAGGUGGAAUGCUGGGAUAUAUGCGUCCUGGCUUCUGUCCAAAAAGUCUCAGAUUCUCCACUGUGUAUGUUUACUAAACCAAGGCUGGUUGGCUGUUAGUUUGUCUCAAGAGGAGAACAGAUCAACGUUAAAUAAGCCGGAAUGAUUUAGUCGAGUUAGUGCCAUCGUAACAUUCCUCUUAUUUUUGCCAUAAUCUCAUUUUUUUGUGCCAUAAAGGUUUUUUCUUUUAAUGUAACGAUGGCAAACAAAGGAACCUGAAUCAGAUGGAACAUUCAUGAACACAGUCAUGAAUUACUUUGUGUUGUAGUUCUGCAAGAAAAGAGUUUAUAAUUAAUUAAUAUAGGAAGGGAAAUGAUUAAUUCAGUGACUUUUUGUUUGUUUUGUUUUGUUUGUGGGUCAGACCAGUUUACAGAAGACAAACGAGCAUCUGACGUGAAAAUAUGUUUAUUUUAUUACCUUUAAAUACUUUUGGUUUCUAUUGGGGUUUUUCAUGUCAAAUUUCCAGACUUCUCAAUUAAUUUGUUUAAAAGCAUUAAUAAAUACAAAAUGUCAUAAUGAAAUUACUGCAGAUGUUUCAACAGAGAUCAGGCUGUAAAAUAUGAAACCAUGGAAGGAUGCCUGGUUAAUCAGUGAACGAAUGGAUGGAUGGAUCAAAUAAUGGAUGAAUAUAUGGUCAGUCAGUGGCUGUAUGAGUCAAUAAAUUAAAGAAUGGAUUUGUCGAUGGAAAAAUGUGACUAAAUUAUUAGGACAGGGAAUAAAGUGGAAAGAAAACCCCAUUUUCCUCCCUGUUUGUUUUCCACUCUCAUCCAUCCUCUCCAUUUUUUCUCUUUUCUCUUUCUCUCGUCUUUCAUCUGAGCCAAGUUGACACCGAAGCAUAUAUCCCAAAAUUUAACCACCUCCUGUUUAAAUGUGGUGAUUUGAGACCCUGUACAAGAUGUUUUCCCCAAAUGCUCUUGUAUGCACUGUACUAUAAGAAGUUUGUUUUCUACUUUGGUAUUUGUACACAUCCAGUUUUCUUGGAUCAUCUCAGUUCUACUCAGAUCAGUUUGCUGGCUAGGAAAACAGUUAAGAGAUAAAAAAAAAAAGAAUAUAUCAUGUUUACACUGGAUUGUUUUGUGUUUUAUUUAUUGUUUUGAUGGUGGAAAAAAAGUGUUUUGAUUUGGUGUGAAAGUUAAUUUAAGACGGCUGAAUUAGUCAAUGAAGGGUUUACUGAUCGAUCCAGUUGAACAGGAUCAGAAGACUCGGAGGAUUAACGGCAGCCUCCAUGUCAGAGGCGUGAUUUCUAACUGUUGUGUGUUUUUGUGUGUGUCAAACUCAGUGACAUUUUGCCUUUAACCAAGCUGAAGGAAGGAAACAUACCGAUGUUGCUGCAAAAAAAAAAAUUUAAAAAUGGCAAAUGCUUCAACCACCAGCCACAGGAUUUAAGUAAAACAAAAAAAAGGCUUGCUUGGUCCUCCAUGUUGCCUUAGAAAUGAUGCACAAUGUGAAUGAAUGUUGGUCAUUUGUGGUGUGAGUCUAAAACUUGUCUGAUUUAUUAUGCCAUGUGCAGGACUGAUCUUGCCCUGUCAGUUUUUAUUGGCAUUGAAAUAAAAUAAAUGGAACAUUUUGGAAAAA